AUGGCUGCACAAAAGAAAUACAUUUGUGCCUUUUGUGCUAGGGCUUUUACUCGAUCAGAACAUAAACAACGACAUGAAAGAUCACAUACCAAUGAGAAACCAUUCCAUUGUUUACAUUGUACUAGUUCAUUUGUAAGAAGAGACUUGUUACAACGACAUUGUCGAACUGUUCACCACACUAACCUAAACCCUAGUACGUUGCCAUCCAACAAGUCUUUGAAAAAUCCAACCACAAACCCUCUUGAUUUAUCAAAUAACGAAGGUACAACAACAACAACUAAAACAGGCAACAGGAAAAACAACAGCAACAAAAACGGUGCUAAGAAUGACAAAAGUACAAACCCGAACCCUGCUGUAAGCAAUGAUGAUAACCGGUCAAGUGUUGGUGACAUAACUACUCAGCUUCCGUUUCAAGUUCAGUUCAAUACUCAACUUCCAUAUCAGCAACAGCAGCAGCAGCAACAACAACAACAAUAUCCAAUACUUCAAAACCAGGGUAUACCUAUGAAGCAAUCAUUUUCUAUGGAAAGCGAUCAACAUUCAUUGACUACUUUUGAUUCUCCCACCUCUUCUUUAGGUGUUUCAAUGACACCUAGUGGCAGUACCAACAGUGAGAUAGUUCUCCAACAACAACAACAGACCACCAAACGGAGGAAACGGUCUCAAGAGAAUAACAGCAACAACAAUACUAAAUUAAUUGCUAAAGAACUCAAUCAUGAUUUAGUCCAUCUACUUUCCAUUACCAAAAAGUUAACUACUUUAUUACAGCAUUACGAUAAUGUCAAAGUGAACAUUACUGACUCAUUUCUCAUUGGAUAUGUUCAUAUACAGCAACAAGCUAAAAAUUUCACCAUAUUUGAAAAAAUAUUGAAAGAUUUGGUAUACUAUUUGAAUACAUAUCAUAUCAAUAAUCUACAACAACAAAAUCAAUUCCCACCAAGUCAACAACAGAAUCAUUACACUAUAAAUCAUUUUAAGAUUGGUAUAAGUUACUGUGUAAUCGCUCUUGGAUUUUUAAUCGAUCAUAAACCCAAUAGGGCUAUUCAAUUUUUCAAAAAAUCAUGGAAUUUGUUAAUCAAAACAUUAAUUCCUCAAUAUAACAGCAACAACAAUUUAUUAGACCAGAUUGAGAUUUUGUAUAAUUUAUUCUUGUUAUGUUAUAUCUAUUUACAAUUUAAUCUAGAAACAUUUGACAUCAAUGAGAAACAACAUGAACAUCAUAGUUAUGAACAAGGAGACGAGCACGAAGAUCAUCAUCAAGAGCAAGUGUAUAUCAAUAAUCAAGUUAUACUAAAUUACCUCAACGAUAUAAGUUUUAUUAUUGCUUCCAAUUUGAAAGAUGUGGCAACUAACAACUUGAUUGAUCACAAUUUAAAUUUAUUUUGGAAUAUUUAUAUAUUGUUGUCCAGUUAUAUAACAAAAGAGCCACCAAAAAUUCAUCAAAUAUUACUAAAUAAAAACUUGAAACAGAAUGACACUUUAGUUUCUUUGAUGCAAAAAUUUAGUAAAUCAUUUAUUAAUAUGGAUAUGGAUGAUGAACAAUUGAAAUUGGUUGUUGUUGCAGCUUUGAAUAACGAAUUGAAACUUUAUUUUAAUGAUACUGUUGAUGAGUUUGAACCCGAGAAUAGUAAGAAUAAAAGAAAAUUCAUUUAUGAUAACAGAAAUGUUUUGCAUAAUGCUAUUAUAUUAAUCAACAAAUCUAUAAAUUUCUACAACCCUUCAGCUAGUUUGGUUAAUGAUGCCAAAAUGUUUGAAUUGAAAUUAUUUGAAUUGUUUAAAAAGAAUUUAAUUAUAAACAGUCCAAUGAAAUAUCAUGAAUUGUUUAAUAAUUAUAUUUUCAUUCCACAACACUAUUACCAUUGGCAAUUAUUAACAUUGACUUUAAAAGAAAUUAAUCAAAAUAAUGUGAUUUUUAACCAAAUUCAUUCAAUAUUAACUACAACAACAGGGUCAAAUGUUUGUUUUAGUUUUAUUGAUUUUGAAAAUUUGCUUAAGAAUUCAUUUUUAAAUUACAAAGCUAAUCCAAUUGUUAUUAAUAACAAUUUGUUGAUAAUUUCGUAUCCAAUAAUUAUCUUGAGUAAUUAUUUAAACCUUGAUAAUUUAAUGACAUCAAUGGGACAAAUGAAUCAAUUACAAUUCAUCAAUUUAAACAUUUUUAUAAUAGAAUGGUAUUUGAUUAUGAUGAAAGUUUUGAUAAUUAUAUGGGAUGAUACAUUGAUUGAUUUUGAAGAUAAUUAUAUCUUGCAAACUUUGAUGUAUAUUUUGUUGGAUAAUAAAUCAUGUUUAUUGAAAAGAUUAAAUAUCGAUACAUCAAAACUUGAAUACGAUGUAAAUUGUGAACGAUUAUCAUUUAAUCAAAAAUGGUUUUGGAUUAUUAAAUUAAAAUUUGAUUCUAUAUUUGAAAAUUGGAUGAAUUUUUUGAAAAAUAAAAAUAAUAAUGUAACAAAUAAUAGUAAUGUUACAAAUACCAGUACUACAGGUAUCACUAACACCAACCAUAAUCAUAAUGAUAGUUAUCUUCACCACUUUAAUGUUAAUGUGUCUAAUUUCAAAUUUAAUUUAAACAAGUACUUGAAUGAAUAUUUUGUCACUGGAGAUUUUAAAUUUAGAGAACAACUUGAUCAAAAUGACCCAGAUCAAUUCCAAGGUUCAAUGAGUAUGGAUGAGGAACCAGAUUUCACUACUGCCAUGCAAACAUCACAAACAAUCAAUUCAUUUAUGCCAAUCCAUAACCACAAUAGUCGCAAUCAAGUCUAUCAGCAACAUAAUCAAGAUACACCAAUGACUAGUCGUAGAGAUAGUACUAACAUCAAUGAAAACAAUAUUGCACAGACAUCUAGUUUCAUUUCCAACUCAAAUUACCAAGGCAGCAAUAGCAAUAAUAUGAUCAAUUAUAACGAGUUUCAAGAUCGUAAUUAUAAACGAUCAAGCUCAAUUACAUUAGGGAUCUUGGCACAGACCGUAG